CAGGAAUUUCAAAUAAUUCACGGCCUCUUCAUGGAGACAUCGGAGUUUUAUGUACAGCCGAAUCACGUAGCAUGAUAAAUCUCAUAAUUGUUAAAUAUUAAUAUCAAAUUUGCGAAAAAGUGAAAGUUAGAAAUGUUUUUUACAAAAAAUAACAAUUUACAUGAAGAAGAACGUUUAUUGACAAAAUUAGAUGAUUUUUAUCAUAACAAAUGCGAUUAAUUCAAAUGCCAUUACUAGGAUGACAUUUUAGUCGCUUUUGAGUUUUAUAAAAGAGCCAAUUCUGCAAAAUUUCUCGACUUCGUGCAAUUAGCAACGCAGUUUCUGUCAGGGAUCUCUCUUCGAACUCUGUCCAGGCUCUCAAGGGAAGCUUUGUGUGACUUUGAAAAUCUAAUAGAAGCAACGAUAAAAUAAAAUUUCAAACGCUAGUGAUGACGCGUAUGUGGCCAGCGAACAUCCUUUUGAAGGCUAUGGUGGCGCUGUCGACGCUCUUACUGCAGCCGACCGUCUUCCCGACCACGAACGUCGGGGACGACGCCGUCUUUGACUUCAUCGUCGUGGGCGCAGGCUCUGCGGGUUGUGCGCUGGCUGCGCGCUUGUCAGAGGUACGCUCUUGGCAAGUGCUGCUGCUCGAGGCCGGUGGGCAACCGCCUGCCGCCAGCAAGAUUCCAGGUUUCAGCAUCUAUUCAUACAGCCGUAAGAGUAUCUACAACUACUACUUCAUGACGACCAGUCAGAAGAAUGCACUUUACGCCUACGAAAAUAACAAACUUGUUGCGAAUUCGGGAAAAGUCGUUGGAGGCUCGAGCGCGGUGAACUUCAUGCUGUAUUAUCGCGGCAACCGCCGUGACUACGACCGCUGGGCGGCCCUCGGCAACACUGGCUGGGACUACGAUACUGUCCUGCCAUACUACAAGAAAGCCGAGAACUAUGAAGGAAAACUCUCUGCUGAAGACUUGCCGUAUCAUGGUUUGGGAGGACCACUCUCGGUCUCCAACUCGAAUUGGUUCGACCUUUCCAAGUAUGUCUUCGCGGCAGCCAGGGAAAUGGGUUUUAAAAAAAUUGACCCCAACGCUAAAAAGACAAUUGGAUACUUCCUGCCGGAUUAUACCGCAAAGAAAGGCGAACGCCACUCAGCAGCAGAAGCCUAUCUCAAGCCCACCCUGAGCAGACCAAAUCUCUCCCUGCAGACCGAUUCGCAAGUUAUAAGGAUUCUGUUUAACAACAAAAACAGAGCUAUAGGAGUUCGCUACAUGCAAGGAGGUCGGGUUAAACAAGCGUUCGCCCGUAAAGAAGUGAUCAUCAGUGCCGGUGUCAUCAACAGCCCCAAGCUGCUCAUGCUCUCCGGCAUUGGGCCCAAGGAACACCUCAGAUCAGUUGGGAUAAAAGCUCGAGUUGACGUGCCAGGUGUGGGUAAAAAUUUCCACGACCACAUUACCCUGCACGGCCUCUACUGGCUGAUUAAGAUGGGACCAAACGAGGUCCCUGCAGUGCCCUUAAACAACUUAAGCCCGCAAAUCUUGAAGGACUACAAGGAGAAGAGGACCGGUCCUCUGACGGAUCCCCUGUCUCUGGUGGGGGUGAUCCAGAGGAAGCUGGGGGAGGAAGGGGACCCAGCAAUGUCUGAUCUCAUGUACCAGUUUAACCAAUUGCCGUAUUGGGUAGACAGAGGCAUGCUCCAAGCGCGGAUGCGCCUACUCAAGGAUGAGGUCUACCAGGAUUACUUCGCCCCCUACGAGGGCAGGGACGGGUUCGACGUCCAAAUUAUGCUGCAGGUCCCCAGGAGCCGCGGCGCCGUCACCCUCAGGUCCAAGAGUCCCUUCGAGCCUCCUAAUGUCGACCCGAAUUAUUUCGAACAUCCUGAUGAUGUUGAGGAUCUUCUUAAAAGUAUGUUAAUAGUUUUAAUCGUGUUUUCAGAGGGGCUUAUAUAA